ACCUUGAGAGAAACCAACAAGGGUUUCAACUGCGCCAAGACCUAUUCCUACAGAUAUGAAACCUAUACCAUUAAAGAAAUGAUGUUCAUCAGAUUCCAUCAUUUCGAUGCGUUGUUGGUUGAGAAGGGCUUUGACCAUGCGGUAAAAGGCGAGGAGAAAAUAGAGCAUUUGGAUAGCAAUGUACAAUGCAAGUGUGAGGUUGCUGAAAUAAAGCCACAAUGUCCGACCAUCCCCUGUGAAACCAACGGCCAGAGUGUCUGUCUCUAGGGAUGGGAAACUUUCUUGGUUAUUCCAACGAACGAACCGACUUCAUU